UCUGUGGAGUGCCACUUGCACGUUAAUUUCACGAGCAGGCUGUUCCGUUGAUCGGAUCACCUGGAACCCUCGACGUCGUAAGCAACGGAGUGCCAAGAAUAACAUUUUUCGGUGCGGUAUCGACUAAUCCCCUUUCCUCAAAAUUGGUCUUCUGUAUACUACAAUAGCAACCAUUAUUUAGACGAUGCACCUGCCAACAUCUCAGGAUGUUUGUUUCAAGAAGAGUAAUUCUGACCAAGGGGAGUGAACUCUAAUCGCCAUGUAAUUAACGAUGGCUGCGAGGUUUUUCAUUCGGAAUAUCCUACUGGCAGAAAAUCAUUUAUUUAAAAUACAACAGCCUCGAAUUAUAGCCCCAUUAUUGUCAGGCAACUUCCAGAAUGUUCCAAGCGAGGGAGACAAACGAUAUUAUUCUAGAGUCCGCAAGAAAGAACGUCCAUUGUUCCCUAAACUUUUUAGAUCAGGUGACAGAAUGAAGAGACUACCAUUGCCAGAUUCUACUAUCAAAUUUUGGUGCCAAGACGUCAAAGAACUACAAGAUGCACCUGACCAUGUCCAGAGGUUGUUCACAAUUGAAUUUGCAAAUCGUGUAAGUUAAUCCUUCUUACUUAAAUUUUCCAUCAUCGAUUACUGUUGUUUUUAAUUCCGUAAAUUUUCUCCAGAGGAAAAUGUUGGGCCUAUUCUUUGACUUGCUG